GAUGGCAAUAUCGAAGAUCUUGUGCUAUCUGGAAAGCUAUUCCAACCUGCGUCCCGUUCAUCGUCGCCCGUAAGGUCGCGCUCUUCAUCCCCGGCGCCCGCACACUGGCCACAGGAGGACGGGGAAUAUGACUACGACUCCGAUGCGGAACGACGUCGAGCAAUCGAGGCCAGAAUAUCCAGCCAGCAACGCGAAGAGGAUUCCAUUGGCAUGGGCCCCGGUCGAACAGGUGUCAAGGGCGUUAUCCGUGACAGAAAAGAGGCACAGUCCCUUGCGCGCACCAAGCGGGCACAGGAAAUCGAGGCCAUGAAUCGUGCUAUGGAGAAGGCUAGCUUAGGUGGCCUGACCUGGGCCGAAGAGGAGAAGCUACGCUUGGCGGAGAAGGCACGCGAGGAAGGACAACCUUCCACAUCGACGCGUAACCCAUUCAGUAAGGGAAGAUUCGGCCACCUCCGGGAGGUCGGCGAACGCACAUUUGUGCAUGCGGUGGAGUCUGAAGAUCCCCAUGUCUGGGUGGUAGUUCAUAUCUACGACCCCUCCUUAGAUCGAUGUGCUGUCCUCGAUGACACUCUUAGUCGGCUUGCUCGGCUGUAUCCCUCGACAAAAUUCCUUCGUGGGCGGGCAGGUGCGCUAGGUUUCGCAAUGUCGAAGCCGCAAACAGACAGCAGUAACUUCCUGUCGGUACGGCCGCCAUUCUCGCUGCGUCGGACGCCAUCUCGCCAGAUCUUGGUGCCCGGCGAGUAUCACUCGGACGAUGAACAAGAUGACGACAAUAGCGACGAAGAGAGAACUGACGGAGGCUGGGAGGAUGAUGAUGUAGACACAGACGUUUUGCCGACAAUAUUAGUUUACCGUGGUGGCGAGCUCGUGCACUCUUGGAUCCGCGUGGACUGGGAAGCGAACAUGGGCAUUGAAGAACUGUUGAGAAAGCACCAUAUUCUCGCGGAGGAAGGCACGUCUAACGGGAACCUUGGCUUUCCCUCAGACGACGAGGGCGAUCAAGACGACGUCGUCUUCAGCGGGAGCGACGACGGGUAUGAUUUCUAGACCAUAUCACCAUCAUCAUAAUUCUAGUAGGCAACUACGAUGUAAGCUUCUAUUACAUUGGAAACAUCUAAUGUUCCGGAAUUUCCGCCCAGCUAUGCAAUAAUGUAGCCACCGAAGAUAUCGACGCAGUCUCCGCGUCCGGUCUCCCCAGGAGCUGUCAUAUAUGUCAAGAUUGAUCCUCGCAACCAUCACCACAUGCAUUCCUGUCCCAGUGCGUGCGUACACGCUCGGGGUAGCUAAAACGGCGAAAAGGUCCUGUGGGACGCAACGCAUUUGGAGGCCAAUGAGAUUUCAUAUCAUUCGGGGUGAGGUGGGUAUCACCGAUACAGAAUGUUAUCUGACCGAAGUGUGAGCGUAUACAGGGUUCAGUCACCUAGCUUCAUAAUUGCUUGUGAGCUUCUGGAGCACUGCCCGGCUUGUACGAUCAUCCUUCCAUUACACUUUGCUGCUGAGCAGCGGAAUGUACCGAAGUGAUGGUGAUCACACGCAUGCACAGGUCUUCGACAGGUGUACUCACUCACCGGCAGAUGAAUGCUAUCGGAAUCGUCUGUAACUCCGCAGGACCGUCUACAUAUCAAGGGAGGCUGCUACACGCGGGCACCUGACAUCGCAGCAAACCACAUUUUGACGAGUGGUUGGACGAGCGGGGACGAGCGGUGGCAGGAGUGAUUGUCUCAGUGACAAGCACGGCGAGUCGAUCCCCCUUAGGCCCCGCAGCUGACCAUAUCCGUAGGAGCAGUGAGGAUGUGCCGCCCGGUUCUGGUGGGGAAGCUUCGCCAAAGAUGAAGAUAGUCCGCUCUCGGAGAAAAUGGCUGUGCGGUACUGUAUGUACCCAACCCGCGCCAACGAACCUAAGAUGGCUAUUUGAGUUUUCCAUUUCCUAGGAGACUAUCAAUGAACCUUGCAGCUGCGGGCGCGACGAACUUAACUUUGGUACUCCGUUCCGCGUUUGCGCACUAACCACACCCACCCAGGGGAACAAUACAUAGAUUGCGAUUGCCCCUAUUUCCCUCGUGCACUAGGCAGGUCUUGAUGGAUUCUCGGCCUGGAAAGGUGAUUCUCAGCACUACUGGCCAAGAGAUGAAUGUAAGCAUACCUCUGCUUCGAGACCCACAUGCACCGAUUUACGUCCAGAAGCUCGUAUAAGCAUCAACUGACCACCGGUCCCAUUGGGCAAGCGAUGAAAGGACUGCACGGGUCGAGAUGCAUUACGGUAAAUAAUCUAUUACAAGGAGUGAGUACUAUACGAAGCGACCUCAAUAAAUUUAGUCAAGGAAGGGAGAGCAGGUUGUUCGAGCACGGUCGUGAACAGCCCCGUGAAUAGCACAUGCGGGGCGGAACGCGAUCAAGCCUGAGAAUUUGUCCGCGAACGGUCCAAACUCAGAGGUUGUCUCGUAAAUAAAGGUAACGGUGACUCAGAAGACUUUGUCCGUCGCUCAGAGGAGCGCUGCGACCCGGGCUCACUCUGCUUUGGCUGAUGAGAAGCGCAGAAAAGCCACAUCAGUAUCUUCAUUCGCGCUGGUGACGAACAAGCGAACAUGCCUCAUAUUGAUAGAUGACAGGCAUCGAGCCCUGUUGCUGUCCAGUCGAAGGACGACUCCCCGUUUGCGGCCUGCUGCUGCUCGAGGUGCGGCGAGCGUGGGUCCGGCCGUUCUGCUGCGCCGACGCGGCAUACUGCUGAGGGCGCAGCUGAUUAUUGGGGUCCAUCGCGGCGCGCUGUGCGUCAUGUCCAGUCGCCACAGCCUCUCCCCUUGACAUGUGUUGCCCGGGCGCGCCGUUAGUGGGCUCCCUGGGCGUUCGGAGAGGAGGUUCUGGCGUGGACAAGAACUGGCGCGCCUGCUUCUUGAACAAGUCGUCGCAUGACACGGUGUGCGAGGGCGGAUUCGUCGGGAAGAUUGCCAUGAGAUCGUGCCCAGAAAUGCGUGGGGGCAUGUGCGCCGAUGUCGACGGAUCCCUAGGGCGCGACCCGCAGUCCGCAGCUGAAAUGGAGCUCAGCGGGA